AUGUUGGUUUUUAAAUAUUUAUCAAAAACAAUACUAUUGAUACUAUGUUGUAUUAUAGUGGUUAAUGUUUCGUCGGCGGAAUUUAACAGCAAUAACAAUAAUAUAGAUUUUAAAAAUGUAUUCAAAAUAAACAAUAAUAGUAGUAUAGGAAGUAAUAAUAAUAUAGGUAGUGGUAGUAGUAUCACCAGUAGCAUCAGCGAUGAUAGUGGUUAUGAUCACUUUACAAAAGAGCAAAUAGAAAAAUUAGAUAGUAUAGUUUAUAUUAGUAGUGGGAUGGGCUGUGCUGGAGCAUUAUUUAUUAUUAUAACAUUUAUUUUAUUUAAAGAUGUUAGAUCUUUUGCAACAAAAUUAAUAUUUUUUUUAUCAUUAUCAGAUUUAAUGUCUGCAAUUUCAUAUUUACCAUUUGGUAGAAGAAAUACGGUAAUGUGCAAUCUUCAAGGAAUGGGAUUGGUAUUUUUUUUAUCCUCUUCUUAUUUUUGGACAAUGUGUAUUUCUAUUAGUUUAUUUGUUGUAUUUUUUACAAGUAGAUACGAGUUAAAUCAUUGGUUAAAAUAUUUUCAUAUGGUUUGUUGGGGUAUACCUUUUAUUACAGCAUUAGUUUCAUUAUUAUUUCACGCAUAUGGAAGAACUGCUUCAUGGUGUUUUUUAUAUGACCCCACUAGUGUUUUUAGAUUACUUUAUUACGUUCCUUUGAUAGCAGUAUUUUUUAUAAAUCUAUUAGUAUUUGUUGCAAUUCGAUGGAAAAUUUCUCAACAUUCAAAUUCUUUGGUUUCAAAGGUUAAUAUUAUAGUAUCAUUCUAUUUAAUAGCGUUCACUUUAUCUCAAUUACCAACAAUCAUUAAUAGUUUUCAAAAUUUUUCAAAACCUAACGAUCCUCAAUUCUCCUUAUAUGCCUUCCAAUUACUAUUACAACCACUUCAAGGCUUUUUGAAUUGUAUUGUAUAUGGUAUCAACGAGGGCUUUACUAAACACUAUAUUUAUUUCUUUGAAAAACAUAUUUGCAGAUGCAGAAAAAGUAGAGAAUUAAAAGAAAUCGAAUCAGAUAGAAUCAAUUUACUUGUAGACUAUGACACAAGCGAUGAGGAAGAUAUAAUGGAUCAUGACAUAGAUAAAUUAAUUAUUGAUGACUAUGACGGCGUUGGGGUUUAA